CAUACUUUCACACCCAUACUUUCACACCCAUCCCAUCAAUGUAAAUUUGUGUUAAUACACCCAUACUUUCACACCCAUACUUUCCGUUUGUUUGCUCAUCUCUGCGGCUACGACCGAGACAAUCUUCCUUUCUCCACUCGAUCUAGAGUCUAGACCCAUCGACGCUACCAGCUUCAGGCUCAGUUCGUCUGUCCUCGCCUUGCGCGCACUGCCGGCUACCGUCGCUGCGACCUGCGGUGAACGUUGGUCCGUCCCAGCCUGUCCUCGAUUGAGCUCACAAAUCUGCAGUUGGAGGAAAACUGGAUUAGUCAGCACUUGAAAGUGAAAUAUGUCUGCGCUGUUCAAUUUCCAUUCUUUUCUCACAGUAGUGCUCUUAGGAAUCUGUGCAUGCACAUAUCUAAAGAUGCAGUUUCCAGCAAUUCUUGAGCAGCGAACUGGGUUUCGUGGAUUCUUCUGGAAGGCAGCUAGGAUAGGUGAACGCCUGAGCCCUUGGGUUGCAGUGGGAUGCUUGACAAUGGGCAUUUCAAUCUUCUUCUAACUGCUUUUGUGGCUAAGCUUUCCUUACAGACCAUACAUUUGCAAUGACUCCAUUGAUUCUUGAAAUGGAUUUCUUUGCAUGUUUUUUUAAGACCACUGCUCUCAUUCAUGUUGUUUCGUACUGGAUCACUUGUUUCAAAGAGAUCUACUUUCUUGUUUGUUAAUAUUCCGAUUUAGCCAUUCUAGAGGGCCACAAGUUCGGCCAAUUAUAUGGUACUGCUAGAUGUACCUUUCUCUUGGUACAUCAUGACAAAUUUACAAUUAAAAAAAUUCACAAUGAUUUUUUUCUAAUGAGGCGUGUUUUCUCAAAUUAGUCCUCAAUAAGUUAUGAUUACCUAU